AUCAGCGAGCAUUAAACAUCCAGAGAAUCCGGUUAAAUCCCAUUUUGAGUCUCAACGAGCAGCUGUAAAUUACUGCCUCAUUGUGGAUGUCCAAACAUGUUGUAAAUUAGAGUUCUGCUGGUUCUGCUCUCAGCCUGUGUGGUUGGGUUCGGGCUGUGGGAGGAGUUGGUUCAUACUCAGAGAGGAGGGCAGCUCUUUAAGCCUCUCAUUCUCUUCAGGGCUAUAAAGACGUCGUGCCUUCAAGACAGAGCAAAUUAACUCCGAAUUAUUGCAUUACAAGGCACCGCUGCGAUCAUCCGUGCAGAACAGCGAUUAGCUCUUUUUUUUUUAAUGCUGACUUUUGAUUAAAGCGGAUUUGGGUUAAGAUGAUGGAGUACAUGGAGGAUAAGUUUGCGUUGAAAAGCCAAGCGAUGAAGGCCAGCGAUUACUACAUGGACCAAGUCAUGGAGAGCCUGGACAGCGCGCAGUACUUCACCAAGUCCUCCCCGAAAUGCGUGCAGGCCUUCGGGCUGCAGAGCGGAGAGCACCGCGCCUCGCCGUGCGGAGACCAAAACGGAAAUUACGGAGUGCCAAAACCAGACGAGGACACUUUGCACACGGACCUCGGCCGGUCCAUGGAUAACUGUUGCACGCUGCGGGCCUCUCCGGUGAGCACCGGGCAGGAGAAACCGGAUUUGGACGACAUGGGAGACAAAUGCGACAGCAACGUGUCCAGCAGCAAGAAGAGGAGACACCGCACCACCUUCACCAGCGCGCAGCUCGAGGAGCUGGAGAAGGUCUUCCAGAAAACACACUAUCCAGAUGUUUACGUGAGGGAACAGCUGGCCAUGAGGACGGAGCUGACAGAGGCCAGAGUGCAGGUGUGGUUUCAGAACAGAAGAGCCAAAUGGAGGAAGAGAGAGCGCUACGGGCAGAUCCAACAAGCCAAAACUCACUUCGCAGCGACGUACGAUCUAUCCGUGAUACCGAGGACCGACAGCUACACACAGAUUCCCAACAACCUGUGGCCUCCUCCUGCUCCGGGGGGCUCCGUGGUCUCCUCCUGCAUGCUGCCCCGAGGCUCCCCGCCCUGCGUCUCCUCGUACUCCCACUCCCCCCGCUCGGCCGCCGGCGCCGCGGAGCACGGCUACGUGAGCUUCCCCAACCAGCAGAACCAGUUCAGCCACGUGUCCCUCAACAACUUCUUCAGCGCGGACUCCCUGCUCACGCCGGCCGCCAGCGGGCACCACGUCGCCUUCGAGACCAAACCCGAGUUCGAGAGGCGCUCGUCCAGCAUCGCCGUGCUGCGCAUGAAGGCCAAGGAGCACACGGCCAACAUCUCGUGGGCCAUGUGAUCAAGACCGGAGGAUGUGUGGACAAUACUUUUGAAUUCUCAGUUUGUAUUAAGAGUGUGAGGAGUGCCUAAAACGUCUGAAAUCAUAUUUACAACGAGCUGUUUGUCCAUCGAUCCACAGAAUAGCUGUCACUUAUUUGAUACAGCUGUGGCUCAGGUCUGCAAUUCAGUUCACACCCGAUGCAGUCAGCAAGCUUAAGCGUCCCUGGGCAAGAAACCCUCUCUAUUGAAGUGGCCGUAAGUCCCUUUUUUGGGGUAAAAGCAUCACCAAAUACAAUGUAAAGUAUCUAAAGGAGGUGAUAUUCAAUUUCAUCAUCAUACUGCCCCGCUAAGACCUACAUCCUAACUUCACAUUUGAUCUUCUGAGUCGAGAAAAGACGAUCUCGGUGAAAUAUCUGAAUGGGAGUUUGGUUACAAUGUCUGGGGUUUUGUUAAUUCUAAAAUCUGAAAUGCAAUAAGUUCAAGCUUAAGUGUGACAGACAAUCAGCUGUUUUGAAUUACUCAGAUAAUGGUGUGGUAAAAGACACUUUAGAUUGCUUACCUAAAGCAAUACUUCCAGACUUUGAUUACAGGGUAAUGUACAGAGCUUUGUUUUACAACCCACAGUCACACUCUUUAAAUUAACCCUCAUGAUUUGUGGAGCUGUGGUGUGAGUAUUAUUUGUUGUUCUUUUUAAUGAGGGUCAGUCUUUCAACUUCACUGAGACCGAAGAAGUGUGAGGCUCCAGUUGGAUUUGAUCCCACUGUGGCUUCCUGUGUAUCCAGAACCACUUCAGUAUGUUCUCAGCACUGUGAAUAAGCUUUCUGCAGCUCCAUCUUCCUCCCUACGGCUCAGGACUGAAGAUGAGCAGCGCGGAGUCAAACUAACAGACUGACGUGUGUGAGUGUGUGAGUGAGAGUGUGUGUGAGCUUUUAACCUCUGUUGCCUCUGCCGUGUGUCAGGAGGCAGGUUUUAAUGUUGUUUGUGUUUUAAAAUGUAAAUGUUGGAUUUAUAAUAAAUGAUUUUCACUUGA